GAAAUUCCGUACUAGAGAUUACAGGAGAUAGUUGGAGCUGAAUCAUGACAGCUAAUAAAGAAAAUCGAAGCGUAGCAACAUCAACCCUCAAGGAGUUUGGAGACUUGAAUCUGCCCAAGGGGAAGAUAUAUACCUAUCUCGGUAAAUAUCUAAUGGACUCGAAGUAUUUUAACAAACUCACCCACGAGCUGACUAAGGGAGCCAAGAUAUCCGAACAUGGAACAGUUGUUAGGAAAUGCUAUAGGUGCCGAAAAAGAUUUGAGGUCACACCAGAGGGAAAAUACACUGUGAACGAAAAAUGUUACUACCAUCCAGAGAAAGUAAUUAAAUGUCCUGGCUCUUAUUCCAUCUUCAAGUGCUGUAAAAGACACGCUUCUUCGAUUGGAUGCAAAGUGUAUCCGUUACAUAUUUGUGGAGAUCCACUGCUCAAACCGGAGAUCAAAAGCACUGGUGAAAAGCGCCUUGCACACCAGCUUCGUGGAGUCUACGCAUUAGAUUGUGAAAUGGUUUACACUGUAAUAGGAUUGGA